GUUGGAAUCUAAAGGAUCAGUUUGAUAUUUUUUUUAACGUACCGCAAUCUUUCUUAGACGAAAUGGACAUUGCGGCGGAAAGAGCGUAUCAGACUCCAUUGAUUAAUGCAACUCUUCUUCCUAUGUUGUUAUUAAGUCUUGCGAAGCAAAAGCAUUCACCUAACACUGCAACAACAGUGAAGAAAGAGUAUGAUUACGUCAUAGUGGGUGCAGGAUCAGCAGGUUCAGUGGUAGCUAGUCGCUUGUCUGAAAUACCCUGCGUGUCUGUGCUUCUAUUAGAGGCUGGUAAAGAACCGCCUUAUCUGACAGAGGUACCCGCGUUAGGAAGGUUCUUUUGGUUUACAGAUAUUGAUUGGGCAUACCGUACUGCACCUCAAAAGUAUACAGGCAACGGACUCAAAAAUCGGCAAGUUGUGUGGCCGAGUGGAAAGGCUUUAGGUGGCUCCAGUAUAUUGAAUGAUAACCUUUACGUGCGAGGCAAUAAAAAGAAUUACGAUGACUGGGCUGCCCAGGGAGCCGAAGGUUGGAGCUACAAAGACGUGUUGCCUUAUUUCAAAAAAAUGGAGGACAACAGAGAUCCAGAGUUUGUGAAAAAUGGAUAUCAUGGAGUUGGCGGACCAGUAACAGUGCACCGUCCACGUUAUGAAGCGGAAUUUAAGCGUCUUCUUUUCCGGGCAGCUACGCAGCUGGGUUAUGAAACUGUUGAUUCAAAUGACGGACAACAAACAGGAUUUUACGAUGUACAAGCCACUCUACGAGCUGGACAACGUUGCAGUACAGCUAAGGCUUAUUUAGUGCCAGCCGAAAAUCGAACAAACCUUGAUAUACUUCCGAAUGCAAUGGUCAGGAAGGUUAUCAUUAAAAAUCGAAGAGCAAUAGGUGUGCAGUUCGAUUUCCAAGGCAAUACAUAUGAAGUCAAAGCCAAAAGAGAGGUCAUUAUGUCAGCAGGCACUACAAACACCCCGCAACUAUUGAUGCUAUCGGGUAUCGGUCCCAGAAAAGAGCUGGAGAGAUUUAAGAUUCCGGUUAUCGCUGACCUACCAGUCGGUAAAAACUUACAGGAUCACAUCGCAUCAGAUGUAAAUUUUCUUCUGAAACCUACCAUUCCUGAAAUUAGAGCCAAACUUGCCAACCCUAUCAAUAUCGCAGAAUAUAUUCGAAACAGAACAGGUCCUUUGGCAUCGGUGGAAUUUCUCUCAGCUCUUGCUUUUCUGGAAAAGGAUACUGUAAAAUCCAAAAGGAAUUUUCCGAAUUUUGAAUUGUACUUCGCGGAAUUUUCAACGAGUAUUGCAUUUUUGCAAUUUGGUUUGAAACAAGAGGUUUAUGAACAAGUUUACAGACCUUAUGAAGGCCAACCAUAUGUAGGCUGUGUGGCUCAAUUAGUACAACCACGAAGCCGUGGAACGGUAACACUUCAGUCAACAAAUCCUUACGACCCUCCAGUAAUAGAUCCCAAUUAUCUUGAAGAUCCCAAAGAUAUGGAAGAUAUAGUAGAAGGAAUGAAAACCUGUCGUCGAAUAGGUCUGAGUCCUCCUAUGAAAGAAGUGGGAUUCGUUCCUUUCACAACUUUACACCCUGGCUGCGAGCAGUACGCUGGCAAUGAUGACCUCUACUUCUGGUGCCAAGUUAGAUCAGUAGUUGUUACCUUCAGCCAUAUGGUGGGCACAUCAAAAAUGGGACAUCCGAAAGAUCCCACAACUGUUGUGGAUCCACAAUUACGAGUCAAAACUAUAAAAGGACUGCGUGUCAUCGACGCAUCUGUGAUGCCUAUCGUACCAUCUGGCAACACCAAUGCUCCGACGAUAAUGGUAGCUGAAAAAGCAUCUGAUAUGAUUAAAAGCACAAUAAACUGUCAUUCAGCUCAUCCUUACGGAUCGAACUCAGCCGAGCACUCCGACUUAUUCAUUAAUGCAAAAGAUUUUCCUGGACAUCUUUUGAGCCCCCUGUCUGAAGAAGAAAGUACAGGAUGGAUUAAAUAUAAUCCAGGAGAUCCAUGGCAAGGAAUACUUUCCGAGAUAAAAUUCCAGCCUUCAGCAUCCAACUUUCAUAAAAAACCUCUCUCUCCUGUUCCCUGGAAUAAAGAAAUUCUUGCUAAAGAUGAAGGUAAUAGGACUUAUUAUGCGAAAGGAACUUUAAUUUCUAUUGAUUGAAGUCACCUUGCCAGAAGGAAAGAAAAAUUUUAAAAAGUAUAUAAAAAAAAAAAAAAAAAAAAAAAAAAAAAAAA